AUGAGGGUCUUCUAUUGGAAUGCUCAAGGCUUGGCCAAAGAUGGUGCAAAGGCCAAGUUAAAGGAGCUCUAUCACUUACACAAACCUGAUGUUAUUUGUAUUGCAGAACCGAAAGUUUUUUGCACUACACAUUUUGUUAGGUCUUUGAGGUUGGAUGAGUUUUGUGAAGAUGUUAUCACUAAUGAAGAUGGUGGUGAAAAAGGCCAAUUCACCAAGGUGGCAGAUGCCAAGAAUGUUGUGGAUGCAGUGCGGACCGAUUUUGCAGAUGAAAUUAACGAUUUCAUUGUCAAUCACUAUAAGGAUAAGUUUAUUGGUGGAGCGGCUAUCAUUGAUCCAAAUUUGUUUGAAUUUGAGCAUGAAAGAAUCUCAGACCCUGAGAGUUAUUUUAUGGAUGUUGUGCCAACUCUAGACGAGAUUAAUAGAGCUGUUUUUGACUUGGGAGCGGAUUCGGCGCCUGGCCCAGAUGGUUUCUCAGGUUGUUUCUACAAACAUUGUUGGAAUAUUAUUGCUAACGAUAUUUUUAGUGCCAUUAAAAUUUUUUGGUUGAUGAGGAAAAUUCCUAAUGACAUUAAUUCUAGUUUCAUUGUUCUCAUUCCAAAAAACACAAGGUCGGAUGUUAUUAAGGAUUUUAGGCCUAUUGGUUUGAGUAAUGUUUUCUUCAAAAUCAUUACAAAAUUUUUGGCUACCAGGCUUGGUACGGUUCUGAAUAGACUGAUUUCUGAAGAACGAGUGGCUUUUAUGAAGGGAAUGAACAUUCAUGAAAAUAUAGCUCUUGCGUCUAAAUUGAUUAAUGAGAUUUCUACGCCAAGGAGCUUUGGUAAUGUUGGCUUAAAACUUGACAUUCCUCAAGCUUUUGAUACUGUAAGUUGGGAGUUUAUAACUGAAGUAUUCCGUCAAUAUGGUUUUUCUGAAACCUGGUGCUCUUGGAUUCAUAGUAUUCUUAGUUCGGCUAGGAUUUAUGUGCUAAUAAAUGGCAGUCCAGAGGGUUUCUUUAGCAUCACUAGGGGGUUGCGCCAAGGUGAUCUUCUUUCACCUUUGAUUUUUGUUCUUAUUGAAGAUAUUUUGAGUCAUAAUCUCUCUAAAUUGUUUGCUAAUAGAAGUAUGCACAACAUGGUUAGUAAGAAAGGUGUGGCUCCAACACACCUUCUCUUUGCGGAUGAUAUUCUUGUUUUCUGCAGAGGUAAUCUUCAUAGUUUGCAAAAUUUGAAGACUAUGCUUAGUGUCUAUGAGAAGGCUUCAGGCCAGUGCGUAGAUUAUGAGAAGAGAAAAUUUUAUUACGGUGGUGGCACUUAUUCUCGGAGUAUUGAUAUUGCUAAUUAUUUGGGCAUCGAAAGAGCUUUAUUUCCGGAUAAAUAUAUGGGAAUUCAAUUGAAGCCUGGCAUUAUGCGGCACAUUCAUGUCAGGCAGGUGGUUGAAAAGAUUAUGGACAAGUUGGCUGGUUGGAAGGGUAAACUCUUAUCUUUUCAAGCUAGACUGGUUUUGAUCAGAUCGGUGAUUUCUAGUUAUGUUAUCCACUCUAUGGUUGUUUAUAAAUGGCCUUGCAAUAUCAUUAAACAGGUUGAGAGGGCCAUUAGAAACUUUCUUUGGUCGGGUGAUGCGGAAAAGCGUAAGUUCUUUACUGUUUUAUAUGACAACCUGUGUUGUUCAAGACGUGAAGGUGGCCUGGGCCUUAGAAGAUUGAUUGAUGUUAACAAGGCUAUGCUUAUGAUGUUAUGGAUUUCAAUUCGUGAUUCGUACAAGACUUGGGAAAGAUUUUUGAGGGCGAAGUACUUCAAAUUGAAUGGAGUUUUGAUUGAUUACAAACUUGGUUCUUCGGUUUUUCCUGGAAUCAGGUGGGUUUAUGAUUUUGUGCAGCAACACACUAGGACAAUUAUAGGUGAUGGCGCUAAUACUUCCUUAUUCUUUGAUAAUUGGCUUGGUGAUUUUUCGAUUGCGAAGAGAUUAGGUAUUACUUACAAAGGCCCUAAUGAUUUUAAGGCUAAGGUUAGUGAUAUCAUUGUUGAUGGUGCUUGGGAUAUUCCUCAAAGCACACGGGAUUUGAUGGUUCGGAUAAAUAUUGAUGUUGGAAACUUGCCUAUUAUUGCUGGGGGAGAUGACUAUAAGAUUUGGGAUUUAGAUAGCAAAGGAGUCUUCUCAGUUAAAUCUGCAAAGGCUGCUAUUAGAGAGAAUGCGGAAACUCUGCCAACUGCAACUUUUUUUCUCGGCUAG